UGUAUAUAUAUAUAGUUAUAGUGUGUGAUGUUGCUCAUAUGUUGUUGAUGUUGUUGCAUAAUAUCAGGUUUGCCUUUUGGCUUGAUUUUUAAAGUGUUUACAUUCAAUUACAUUUUUUUAAAUGGCUCAAUAUCAGAAAUGACAGAUUUCGCUCAGAGGGCUUUACAAGCUGCAGCAUUCAACAUCCUCUGUCCUUGGACCCUCGCUUGGGAUACGGAGAAACUCCCCAAAAACCCUUUAACAGGGAAAUAAAGGAUAGGCACAUUGCUGUUUCUCCACACACUAGAUGAUCCUGUGAUAGCCUCAAAAAGAUGAAAAAGUUCUCCGCUUGUGUCCACCAGGCAGAUUUUUGUGGAUCAGUAAAGGGAGGAGUUGAAGCAGUACAUUUUAAAUGUGCUCAGAUCUCACACAGCAGUCAUAUAACUGACCCACAGCAAUGGCUAACUGACUGAUUAUUGACCUGUAGUUGAUCUAGGAUAGGAGAAAAUAGGGAGAAGAAUAUUUAAAGCAGGAUCUGCAUCAUCAGAUUUUUCACUAAUCAGGGAUUUUUUGCCGUAUUAAGUAGGAGUAUUGAGCACGACAUCUGUUUAAGUCUGUUCAAUAUGUUAAAUCUCAAGCUUUUGUGUUGGUGUGUUAUCAUGUCUGAGUCUUCUGUUCCUGUCCCUGCAGCUGAGGAGGACGAGGACAAAGAGGAUGAUUUUCGGGCUCCCCUCUACAAGACUGUGGAGAUCAGAGGGAUCCAGGUCCGGAUGAAGUGGUGUUCAACCUGCCGCUUCUACAGGCCGCCCCGGUGCUCGCACUGCUCCGUCUGCGACAACUGUGUCGAGGACUUCGACCAUCACUGUCCUUGGGUAAACAACUGCAUCGGCAGGAGGAACUACCGCUACUUCUUCCUCUUCCUCCUGUCUCUGACAGCUCACAUCAUGGCCGUGUUUGGUUUUGGCCUGCUCUUUAUCCUCUACCAUCGGCAGAAUGUCGACCGCCUGCACGCCAUCGUCACGCUGGCUGUAAUGUGUGUGGCAGGCCUGUUCUUCAUCCCUGUUGCUGGCCUCACUGGUUUCCACAUAGUGCUUGUGGCCAGAGGCAGGACUACCAAUGAACAGGUAACGGGGAAGUUCAGAGGAGGUGUUAACCCCUUCACCAAUGGCUGUUGGAACAACAUCUCUCAUGUCCUCUGCAGCUCACAGGCACCCAGAUAUCUGGGCAGAAAGAAGUGUGUGCAGAGUGUGUGUGUGCAGCCUCCCUUCCUGCGGCCACAGCUGACAGAGGCCCAGCUGGCUGCAAAGAUCCUGGACAACGGCAUACAGGGAGACCUGCACCGGUCUAAGUCCAGUCUGGAGAUGAUGGAGAGCCAGUCAUGUGACGCUGAGCCGCCUCCUCCUCCUAAACCAGAGCUCCGCUACCCUGGAAUCACCAGAGGAAACACGGAGGAGUGCAGCCUACUGAACAAAGCCCCUCCCACCCCAACCAUGUACAAAUACAGGCCCAGCUACAGCCCCGGCAAGAACCACACAGCGCUCACACACGCUUACGCCAACCAGUUAAGUCGAGGCGAGAGUGUUGGCAGUGCCAGGGACUCUUCCUCCUCCACCUCCUCCCUCCUUCAGGCCAGCCAGCAGCCUGGUUUCCGCUCCCAGCCCAGCCUGGACCAGAGGGACGCUUCAUCUGACAGAGUGGGAGUCGGAGGAGGUGGGGAGAGGAGGGAGGUCAGAAGAGAGGUGGGAGCAGGGGGCAUCCCUGGCUACUCCCUGGGCGGACGCUCGUACCCCUCCUUCUCCGACCCCACAGUCCUAUCUGGAGUGGCCUCACGAUCUUCCAGCUCCACGCACACCUCAGCAGGCGGCGUCCACGUCUCCGAGGCAACCACCACCUCGGCCAGCUUCAAGAGCUUAGCCAAUCAGACACCUCCGCCUCACCACCCGUCCCGCAACGGGAGCCUGUCAUAUGACAGCUUACUGGCAGGUGGUGAUGAGUUCGAGAACAAGGUGGUGGUGGGUUCAACAGCCCCUGAGGUUUCUUCUGGGAGACCCUGCACUCCAGCAGCAGGCGGCUAUAACUCCUCCUUCCUGUCGUCAGAACAGAGAGAUGCUGAGAUACACUCCCACUCCGCCCAGUCGCCCCAUCACUACCACCACUCCUCCCACCACCACCACUCCUUCCUCCAUCGCUCCUCUUCCUCCAUGUCCUCUUCCCCUCCCCCUCCCCCAGAGAGGGAGCGCCUGCUGGAGCUCCACCCCGGCUCUCACCCCCCACCUGACAAUCAUGCCCCGGCUCCCCCAUCCUCUUCUGCCCCGCUUCCCCCACGUCAUCAUCACUACCACCAUCACCACCACCACCACGGCCAUCAUCACCACCACCACCAUUCCUCCUCCUCUUCCUCCACCUCCCGCCCCCCCCGCUUCGCUGCCCCUCAAGCACCUCCCCACCGCGCUUAUCCCUAUCGCACCCGCUCCACUGACACCCCUCUGGGAUCCUCCUCCACCUCUACGACCCACCCUCCCCGUUCCCCGCACCCUCCACCUCUGGGCAAGUCGCUUUCUUACUCGAGUGCCGCCGCUGCCGAAAUGCAGUACCGACUGGUCCGAAAGGCUUCUGCAUCAGCCGGAGCGAAUGCGGCGGGGGUAGGAGGAGGAGGAGGAGGAGGAGGAGGAGGAGGAACACAAGCGCCAAAGUGAGUAUGAAUUUCACCUUUUGUCAGGACGAUUGGUUUGCUGUUAACCCUGAAAAAACCCACCUGCCCGCUGAAAACCUGACAACCUGAUUGACUGCUCCUCCUGCUCCUCCUCCUCUUCUUCCCUUCUCUCCUCUUCCUCCUGCCAGAUUUCCUGUGAGUUCUUCCUUCUUUUCCCUUUGCUUGUUUCUCACUGUUACAUGUGUGCUGCUGUUGUGGUCUGCCUGUUUGUUCCUGUCCUCUACGUUAUUAUUCUAAUUAUUAUAACAACCUUCCAUUUGGUCCGUACAUAAUUCUGUGCCAGUGCCUUAAACAGACAAAUAUCCAUACCCACAACAUGGAUGUGUGACAAUAUAAAAGACAGUGUUCAACAUGACACAGCAGUGGGAUAGGGAGGACUUAAUGUUACACUCGGCAGGUUUUAGGUUUAGAAUAUAAGUCACAAUCCAUGACUUAGGAUGUACAGAAAAAUAAGAAAUAAGAGGAAAUAAAUUCAGUGUGCAAAAGUACUAGUAGCAGCAGUAGACUGGAUAGAAAACUGCAAAGUGACAAUAUCCACAUUUCUACCAUAUUUUUAAACAUAUGUAUGUAACAUAAAAGAAGUUCUGCAGGAAACGGUCCCAUUCAAUGUUUCUGAAUGUGAUUUCUGGUUAGAAGUCUGAGAUAAUGUCUGUGUUUAACACAAGCUGAAGAGAUUCUGUUUCCUUCUACGAUAUGAAAUAGGUCAGUAAACACCCCUCUGGGGAGUUUAAGCUUUUACGUGUCUUAAAGAGUGUAACAACUAAACGUCCUCACUAGAACUCUACACCUGAAGUCAUGUGACUGUGGUGGAGUUCCUUUACAGCCUAAUGUUAGAUUUUUACUUUACACUUCAAACAUCAUAA